CAACUUCAUCUCAAUCAAAACACCCAGCUUUCCGUUCUUCGCUCUAGCAGCAGGCCUCCACGAGUACGAUCAAUCAUAAACCCUAACGAAGCGAGGGAAAAAAAGGAGAUAAUUUUCAAGAAAUUAUACGAAAUCGGAGCUCGAAUUAGCCGCGAUGAGUCGUUACGACGGCCGCUCCGGCGACCCCGCAUCCUACCGCGACCGCAGAAGCGAUUACGGGAAGGGAUUCAACCCCUCAGGCAGGAGAGAGACUUUGUCUCUCGCCGCUUCUGACCUUGACGGAUUGACCCCUUUUGAAAAGAACUUCUAUGUUGAGUCUCCGUUGGUGACCGCCAUGACCGAGGAUGAGGUUGAGGAGUAUCGAAAGAAGAGGGAAAUUACGGUUGAGGGUAGCGAUGUUCCGAAGCCCAUUAGAGAGUUUCGGGAUGUUGGGUUUCCCGAUUAUGUUAUGCAAGAAGUUCACAGAGCUGGAUUUGUUGAGCCUACACCUAUUCAAGCACAAGGAUGGCCUAUGGCUUUGAAGGGUCGUGACCUCAUUGGUAUUGCUGAAACGGGAUCAGGAAAGACACUUGCCUAUCUGCUACCUGCAAUAGUUCAUGUAAAUGCUCAGCCAAUCUUAGCACCUGGGGAUGGCCCAAUUGUUUUAGUUUUAGCACCAACCCGUGAACUUGCUGUCCAGAUACAACAGGAAGCCACAAAAUUUGGGGCAUCAUCAAAGAUAAAGAACACUUGUAUUUAUGGUGGGGUUCCAAAGGGACCACAAGUUCGAGAUCUUCAGAAAGGUGUUGAAAUUGUGAUUGCAACUCCGGGACGGCUGAUUGAUAUGUUAGAGUCUCAUAAUACUAACUUGCGGAGGGUAACAUAUCUUGUCUUGGAUGAGGCAGAUCGAAUGCUUGAUAUGGGAUUUGAACCUCAGAUUAGGAAAAUUGUUUCACAGAUCCGUCCUGAUCGGCAGACUCUCUAUUGGAGUGCUACUUGGCCAAAGGAAGUUGAACAACUUGCUAGACAAUUCCUUUACAAUCCAUACAAGGUGGUUAUUGGUUCCGAAGAGUUGAAAGCAAAUCAUGCAAUUUAUCAGCGUGUGGAGAUUGUAACUGAGAGUCAGAAAUAUAACAAACUGGUCAAGCUACUGGAGGAUAUAAUGGAUGGAAGCCGUAUUUUAAUAUUUAUGGACACUAAGAAGGGUUGCGACCAAAUUACGAGGCAAUUAAGAACUGAUGGCUGGCCUGCCCUCUCAAUUCAUGGUGACAAGAGCCAGGCUGAAAGGGACUGGGUCCUCUCAGAGUUCAAAGCAGGGAAGAGUCCCAUCAUGACUGCAACAGAUGUUGCUGCUCGUGGUUUAGAUGUGAAGGAUGUAAAAUAUGUGAUCAACUAUGAUUUUCCUGGAUCUUUAGAAGAUUAUGUUCACCGGAUAGGUCGGACUGGGAGGGCUGGGGCCAAAGGAACUGCAUAUACUUUCUUUACUGCAGCCAAUGCUAGGUUUGCAAAGGAACUUAUUAAUAUUUUGCAAGAAGCUGGGCAGAAGGUCAGCCCUGAACUGGCUGCCAUGGGCCGAGGUGCCCCACCUCAGGCUGGAGGAACAGGCCAUGGUAGUUUUCGUGAUCGAGGAAGAGGCUUGGGCAGUGGUCGUUCAUGGAGUUGAUGCAUCAAUUUCAGGUCAAUGCUUUUGCUUUGCAGAUGGAAGGAACCUAUGGAUCGUUAAAUUGAAGUGUUUAUCUCAAGUCUUUGAAGGUACACCUGUAAUGACAAUUCGUUCCGAAUUCCUGUUGUUUAACAUCUACUUUGCUUGAGAAAAUGGUACAUACAGCAUGUAACAUAGACCCCUUCUUUUGUCAAUGAAUAUUGCAGAGAUUUUUGUAGGAUUGCAUCUCUACUGUCAAAGUUUGAUCUUUUUCCA